UCUUUGCUUUCGUUAUUUCCCAUCAAAUUCUGACAUAAGAAAUAUGUGGAUCACUAAUGUGAGACAAAUAAAUGGAUAUUCUUGGCAGCCUAUGAAUUCAUCAGUUGUAUGCUCUAAGCAUUUUGACGUUUCUUCUUGGGAGAAAAUUAGAGAGGAUGGGAAGAGGAAGCUUAAAUUCGGUGCAGUGCCUUCUAUUUUUAAUAAUCUUGCGCAGAUAUCUGCAAAUGAUCACAUCUAUUCACGAACAUUGAAAGAUAUUACUAACACAAGGACAUUUUUACCGAUAAACAAAACGUCUGUAAGUACUUCAACAAAUACGAUAGAAAAGAACAUAUCAAAAACACCAGAAGUUGAGUCAGAUCUUAUUGAUAAUGGAAACUCUGAUAUUAUAUUAAAUAAUUCAGAUGUACCUACAAAUAUAUGUACUAUUACACCAAGUAAUGCUUUGAAUAGUCUUUCGGAAUUGAUGGAAGAAGUUGACAAUGCUGUAACUGUUCAAACUAUCAAAGAGCAAAAUAUAGAUAAUAUGACUGUGUCUUUAAAAAAGGAAAAUGAGCAACUAAAAAAAGAAUUGGCAAGAGUUAAGAAAAUUGCUGAUAAGGUGCAUCAAGAAAAUGAGACGCUACGAAAGAGCAAUACAAAGUUACGUCGAGAAAAAGAAAGUUUUACUAAUAUAAAAAAAAAAUAG